UGGCGAACGACUGCGGACGGCGCAGGAUCUAAAACCGCGCUAGGCGCUGUUCUCCACGCUCGCUCGCUCCGCUCUUCUCUACCCGUGCGAUCUACACCCGGUUGCUUUUUCGUGGGGGAAACACUGAAACACGCAUAUCCCCGUAGCUGCCUACGACCGCGCGCUCGCCGCUACGUGUAACAUACAGUACCGGGGCUACCACCUUCUGUCCGCCGGAGUUACGAGUGCCACACGCAGUAGUAGUUACGGUCAGGGAGGAGGGUCGACCCGCCGUCGUCUCGCGGACAGCUCACGCUCGCACGGUCUCCUCUCUCUCAACUCGCGUCCGUACGUUAAGGUGAUAAGAUGUACCGUCGCGAAUAGUAAACGCGUCGUCGUCGUCGUCGUCGUAAUCGGUGUCGUGUCCACGCGGUUCCCGGUCGUAACCUCGCGCGCGCAAUAUCGCUGCCUUCGAAACGAGCGCGGCCCGGUGUUACAACCCGUGCGCAACGUUUAAAGGCGGCAACCUCGGAGAUCCGUAUAUCGCGGGACAGCGCAUUGUCGUGGCAACGUCGCUGCUGCUGCCGCUGCCGCCGCCGUUGCUGUUGCCGCCGCACUGUGCGCGUCUUCGCGGCUCUUCUCGCGUAAAUGCGGAACGCCCGCGAGACGCGAGCGAGUGGAUACCGGUUGACUGUGCCACGGCGGUAAGUAGUGUGUGUUGUGACGCCCGUCGUUUUCGUCGUCGUCGGGCGUCAUCGUGGCCUUCCUCUCGUCUCGUUCCCUGAAUAACGGUGCCGUUAACUGGAGGUGUAACGUGUUCUAUCAGUGACAUCGUCGGUGAUUGGUUAUGGUGGUGCGAAACAGUGCGUAGAAACAAAACGGAAAGAAGACGCUCCACUACAAAGGCGACGUGCGGUGGACUGUUAUAGGAUACUGUUGGCGGAAAAAUUCCAUUCUUCUCUUCGAACGCGACGUGCUCGCUCGGCAGCCUUGCGACUGCCUCAUGCACGAACGUGCUCUAGCUCCGUACCAUCGAUGCCUGCUCAGCGACAUCAAAGAGUAGCUCGACGUUGAUCACAGUGAUAUCGCGCCACGUUGCGACGCGCGAUCUCUUCCAUACCUUUCUUUGAAAAGGUAAGUUUCGUACGUCGUCCAAUCACGAGGGACCAGGCGUCGCACAUGCGACAGUACCACGUGCCCGGCGAGUACUCGCGUGGUAUGCGGGAUCGACGGCAGGUGCUGGUGCGUCAUUGAAGUGGUCCAAGCCGCGGCGACAAUGAAAGAAUUUAUACACCCGACCGUAGCAGUCGUAGCCGUCGCAUCGGUUCUACCCGAGCAAGCUCUAUCCGUCGCCGAGCUGUGCUGACGCACGUCCGUGAUCGUGCGACUUGAGCGUCGGCAGCUCCCGUCGUGAGCGACGCCGAUCUUACAAGGAUAAAGCUAAAAAUAGAACAAGAGGAACAAAAAUACCGGAACGUCGAAAGAAUUUUUUACCUGAAAUCGGAGCUGAAUAGGAGCAGCGGGCCGGCAGUGCAAGGUCGAAGUGCGAGUGUCAGUGCGCGCGAGUGCGCGAAACGACUCUCUGGAAAAACAGGAAGAAGAGAAAAGCGGAAGAAGAGGGUCCUCAGUUCACCGUCGGCCGUCGUAACGCGAGGCCGGGGAACCCGACCAAGUCUCGUCCUCGUCCAUUAUCGCGAAAGCGCGGCGCGUCCGAGUGUCUCGGCGCUUUGUUGCACUAGUGUCGGGGGAGUGUGGUGAAGUGUGAGGCUCGCUUGCUUACGUGUGGGAAAAUACAGCCGCUACGGUGGCUCAGCACGCAGAGUUCCCCGGCGCGGCCAGGGCGUUCAUGGCGCAGCCAAGGUACGAUGAUGGCGGGCUGCACGGGGGUUACCUCGAGGGCGGUGGUGGCGGUGGAGGCGCAGGGCUGUACGAUCCACACGCCCGCGGCGUCCCCGGUCUUCAUCACAGUCCACAUCUCGGGGGUAUGGGUCCGGCCCACCCCCAGUAUCCACCACCCCCGGCUCAGGCACCACAGCACGUUCUUGCGGCGGCAGCCGCGGCCGCAGCCUCUGCGGUGCCCGAUGUUCACAAGCGGGACAAGGAUGCCAUAUACGGACACCCCCUGUUCCCGCUCCUCGCACUCAUAUUUGAAAAAUGCGAAUUGGCGACGUGUACACCACGCGAGCCCGGCGUAGCGGGUGGCGACGUCUGUUCGUCAGAAAGCUUCAACGAGGACAUUGCCGUUUUUUCAAAACAGAUCAGACAAGAGAAGCCGUACUACAUCGCGGAUCCGGAGGUGGACUCGCUAAUGGUUCAGGCGAUCCAGGUCCUCCGGUUUCACCUCCUCGAGCUUGAAAAGGUACACGAGCUGUGCGACAACUUCUGCCACCGGUACAUCAGCUGCCUGAAGGGCAAGAUGCCGAUCGACCUCGUGAUCGACGAUCGGGAGAGCUCGAAGCCGCCAGAGUUGGGGAACGGCCUGGACGGCAGCGGACCUAGGAGCACCGCCGACAGCACCAGCCACACAGACGGGGCCAGCACGCCGGACGUCAGGCCACCUUCUUCAUCGCUUUCGUACCCCGGCGCGGGUGCUAAUGACGAUGCACGUAGUCCCGGAAGUGGUGGUACACCCGGACCCCUCAGCCAGCAAGCGCCAGCUAGCCUGGAUUCAUCGGACCCCGAUGCAAUGGGCAAAUGGUGUCCUCGUAGAGAAUGGAGUUCGCCACCUGACGCGCAGCGCGCGGCGAGCGACGCGCGUCGUGGCGUCCUGUAUUCCUCCGUCUUCCUCGGCAGUCCCGCAGGUGACGCGAGUAACGCGAGUAUCGGUAGUGGCGAGGGCACGGGCGAGGAAGACGACGAUUCGACGGGCAAGAAGAACCAAAAGAAGCGCGGUAUCUUUCCUAAGGUUGCGACGAACAUCCUUAGGGCGUGGCUCUUUCAACAUCUCACGCAUCCCUACCCCUCGGAAGACCAGAAAAAACAGUUGGCACAGGACACGGGGCUGACGAUCCUUCAAGUUAACAACUGGUUCAUCAACGCGAGACGUAGAAUCGUUCAACCGAUGAUCGACCAGAGUAAUCGAGCCGUGUUUCCACCAUUGUCUGCAGGACCGAGCGGGGCGUAUAGUCCUGAUGCGGCGAUGGGCUACAUGAUGGACGGACAGGCGGCCAGUAUGAUGCACCGGCCGCCGGGCGAUCCUACCUUCCACAAUCAGUACCAUUAUCCAGAAUAUUAUGGACAUCACUUAUAAAGGGGUGCUAAUGAGAUGGAACGGACAGUGAAACGACGGUUCGAGCGAAGCGUGACGGAUCUAUCCGUGCUCCAACUGGCGAGGACCAGAAACGGAGAAUAGUGAUGAUCCGUGGGGGACGAUCCAGGCUACCAUCGUAGCCCCGAUGAUUUCUUGCCGAACGUUGCAGUCCGUGAUACUCGGGUGCUCGGGGAUGCGCGGUGAAAGACACGUGGAAAAGAAUAGGACAAAGAGAUUCCCGACUCAAGGACGAAGAUCGAGGCGGCUGAAAUGCCGCGAGGGCCGACGAGCGGAAGAUCGUAGAACCGUCGAAGGAAGAAGGACGGUUACGAGACGCGGAACGAAACGGCUGCGGAACGCACGACGCGGCGACGCACGAAGGACAAAGGGCACGAGGUGGACGAAGCCGCGGCUUGGUCCGGCGAGUGACGCGCGGCCGCGAAGAAAUUCAUGUGAUUGUUCUUUGUACAAAUAUCGCGGUAAUAUUGUAGUGUGAUUGAAGAAUUUAAAUGUUAAAUUUUAAUACGGUCGCGAUCGAGAUAUAUUAAUGAGAUGUAAGUGAUAUAUAGGCAAUUUAGCGGGCAUGUACAUUAAAAAAGAAGGAAGCAACCCCGAUGCUCGCACGGAAGAGAAUACGUUCAAGUGCAUAGACCACGCAAGGAGUAUAAAAGAGAAUACGACGGAGCUACGAACGGAAAAAAAGAGGUUGGGAAUAUAUAUAUAUAUGUAUAUGCACACACAUACAUAUAUAUAUUAUAAAUAAAUAUAAAUAGCGUCAAAACGAGAACGAAAAGAGAAAGAAGAUUAUUAUUAGAAGGUAUGGAAGAUGUUUAAAGGUAUAUAAAAGAAGACGGACGCUAAGACAAGGUUUAGACCGAAUGACAUCGACGCGUGUGCCGGACUCGAGCGUCGACCAUUCACUUGCAUAUAUAUAGGAGACAUUAAAAUUUGUACAGUUAUUAAUUAUAAAUGAAUUUACUAAUUAAAGGAAGAAUAUAUUAUAUAUAUAUAUAUAAAUAUAUAUAUACAUAACGGAGUAAAACGUGUGGCCCCGGUUGUAAUAUAAAUCGAGCGUUGUAGUUGGACUGACAAUGAGACGUUUCAUCGUCUAUUGCCGACGCGCGUACUAAGCAAAAGAUUUCUGCGCAAAUCGAGAGAGAAAAGCGAGACGCGAGUGGCACGAGUGAGAGAAUACGCGAGUAUAAACGUGCUGAGGGAUUUCUAGAUAUAAAUAAAAAUGGAUAUAGAUACCUGCGAACCAGAGAGAGAAAGAGAGAGAAAGAGCGAGAGAGAGCGAGAGAGAGAGCGAGAGAGAAAGAGAGAGAGAGAGGAUUAAAGCUCUUCGUCGUGCACUCGAUGACGCAGCGAUAUCUCUCCGAGAGUCCCACCCUCUAAGAUCCCAACCCAAUCCAACCCCCCGCACCCACACAAGUGACAUACACGUACCAAGAUGCAAUACUUUGCGGAAAAACACACACACAUACACACACACACACAUUUACUCGCGACUCAUAGCAGUCGAUCGUGAAUUUAUACACAAAUCUUUGACUUUUUGUUUCGACCUUCCUCACUUUUUUUCCCUUUCAUUUUUCACGCGCUCGUUUUCGUCAUCGAUCCCAAUGCCUUCACUAUUUUCGUUACUUCAAGGAUUUGUUGUACGUUUUUGUUAAUAUUGCGAACGUCAUUGUUUUUUUGUUCGAUAACAUUAAUUUAAAAGGUGCACAAUCGAACGAAGCAAGAAAUAGAACGCAAUCAAUUUCCAAUUUGUACUUAUCUCUUCCAAUCGCUUGUCCCUCGUUCCCCCAUUACGGUAUUGGAGGAAUCUCUAUAUUUCUAUACGAAUCUUAUCGCGCGCGCGUCUCUGAUAUACGUAAAUUGAUGUUAGCGAGCAAACGAUGAUAAAGAGUAAGGAAGAGGGAGGAAGGAACACGCGAGUGAGGGGACAGAAGCGAGGAAGAGGAACGUUUCCGAAGAAGGGGAAUGAAUAUUCGAGAGAGACCUUUAUAACGCGAUACGCCAGACGGAGCCAUGAUUAUUAAGAGGGAAAAAUUUUAAUGAAAUUAAAACGUCGAUUACACGUGAGAGCGAAUUCACGACGAAUAAGGGUACGAAAUAAUAAAAACGCCCCUCGUUAACGUCACGCGCGUCACGCGAGGACGCGUGUCUCGUUGAUCUCCCGACGAUCGAGACACGACGGUUCGUUCGGAAGGAUGGAUCGUCGGCGUCAUCCUCUCUGAACGACGAGACGAGAGGACGACACGAGUAGAGGGAGAGGGAGCGAGAAGAAAAAGAGAAAGAGCGUAAGACAAAAAUUUUAUCGAUAUUUUCAAUACGCCCGCAUACACGCAAACAAAGAAAUCUUGUAUAAAAAUUUUAAUGUAACACACUGCUCCUGCCGAGAGCCGGCGGCGCGUCGGCGACGCGUCGGUGUUCCUCACGACAUAUCCCACUCGAGAUCUGUCCCGAGAACGAUCCUGACGCAGGAUACCGCGCGCAGGAGGCACGAAGAAAAAACGAUCUCGAGAGAUCGCUCGGGAGUCGAUCCCGAUCCCAACCGCGGCUGAAGAGGAACGCCGGCGUUUGCACGUGGUGCCUCGCGCGAUCGGCGUUCUAGUAUACUAAACUAAAAGAAAUAAAUAAAUAAAAGAUAACCCACGUAUACCGAAAGACUCAGGUGCGAGAAAAGUCAGUAUAGUUACGGUCCUGGUUAAAUCGGAAGAAUUACUCGAAUUCGUAAGCGACGUACGUCGCUGCGAACACACGCGUGCGUCGCUCCCGCGCGCGCGUGCGAUCGAUCGUGCGAUCUUCGACCGCCCCAUCCCCCGAGAAAGUAGGUAAAAAAGUGCGAUCGAGGGGGCCCCAUCGGCCGUACAGAUUCCGUCGGGUCCUUCGACGCGGCAGCUUUCACGUCGGGGAAAUUAAUCGCGAUCACCGCGACGGAUGAAAACGGUAUACGAUAAGGCGGACGGAAAUUGUAUACGUACGCGCGCGAGAGAUCGUGCCGUUGAGAUUAUACACGCGAGACCGUCGACGAGGAUAUCUCGGCGUGAUGAUGCCGAUGAAUUUUAUCACUCUGGCAAUCCUCGCAUGCGCGUGCUUUCAGGACGUGCACGCCCGCACGCGCGCGUGAUCUUCGACAAAAAUAGAAUUUUUAUCUAUAAUUAAAUAAUUAAAUAAUUAACGCGAGAACACGAGACAAUCACGAGAACCACACUUGAUCGACGAUGAACGAUUUCCUCUUGUCGUCGCGCGCGGCUUGACGGACGACGGCACGUUUUUACGAAUUGUAUUUGUUGAACGAUAUAUUGUUUAAUUUUGUUGAGGCCCGUCUUCGGCCGUGCACGACGACAUCUUAAGUUAUACGCGAUAUCGUUAUACAAGAGCGAUCAGUUUCCCCGACGAAAGGUGACGCUUCAAGAGAUCACAGCAAUAACGUUCUCAUACGACCGCGAUUGCGAGAUAAGCGAUUUAUCAAAGUCAAUUCGGUUAAGUUGCAGUUUGAUUAUGACGCGAGGACGCUCUCGCCGAUGUGAGGAAAUUCGAAGGCAGAAUGAUCUUUUAGAGACCGCGAACACGAAGAAGAUCGCACGAUCGGGAACGCGCGCGGAUGUCGGCAUGAAGACCGGAGCGACCGGACGUCGUAUUGGCUGUUCGUUUUAUAAAUGAGUUCACUCGAUUGAAUCAUCGCCUUAAAAAUGUAUACGAAGUAACAGUAAGGUCUAUCUAAGUAAUAAUCAUGUUAGAGGGUAAAUCGUAACAAAGAUUUUAUGAGCGGCGACACGAGCGAGACGAGGGCAGUAAGAGAGGAAGAGAGCAAAUGCGUUUAUGCGUACGUGCGGAUGUGUGUGUAUGCUGAGUGAGUGAGAUAAUGCAAGAGAGAGAGAGAGAGAGAGAGAGAGAAAGGGUGGAGAAAAAGGUAGAAUAGACGUGAAAGUUACGAUGAGCGAAAAACGUAGAAAAUGCGUGCGUGUGUGCGUGAACAAUAGCGAUCCAGAGAUGAAACAAUGUAUAAUUAUUGUGUAAUUACAAACCAUGGAUGAUGUAACGACUAUGACGUCGACGAUUGCGCCGCUGAUCAUAAUAAUGAUGAUGAGAACGACCAUUCGUCAUGACGUGAAGAUCACGGCAAUCAUUAUAACGAUCAUGAAAGCGAUGUCAGACGAUAACAGAAUUGUCAAGCUAAUACGAUGAUUGCGAUGUGUAUAGUAAGCUAAAAAUUUAUUAUAUCGGUAUGGAACCAGAUUUUUGCAACUGUUUGCGACCUACUGAUGACCUUACUAAGGAGACACCGGUGACACUGCAAAUAAAUUAAAAAAAUGAACGAAAUGAAUUGUGUUCUGCUUUGUAAAUCGUAUCGCUCUUCGAUAUUAACUUACGAUUGUGAUAGCGAGAGAGAAACGAAAGACGGGGAGUGAGAGGGACGAAUGAACGGGAGAAAGAAAGGCAAGAUGACCGAUGGGGACGCGUGCGAGUGAGAGAAUGAGAGGUAAAAUGUGAUUACGGUAUAGUUAUGUAUGACAGUCGAAAAUCCUUUCUACGUGCUUAUCGCGAGCGGAGGGGACGCGCCCGCUCGUUGCCCGGAUUGUACACUCUCGCGUAUACGAAAGAUAAGAUAUCGUGAAGAAGAACGUGAAGGUCCGCGAGGCGCUGGUCAAGAGUUAAAUAUGGAGGAUCGAAAAGCGGAAGACCGCGCGUUGGUGUAAAGUAUUAAGUAUUAUGGGACUACGUGCAUACAUAUAGCUGUACUAAAGGGCGCAAGCGUCUCGAGCCAUCACACACGUACACGUACACCCGCAUUACAGACACGCGUACAUACACGAGUACAAGGCAUACAGAGACAAAAGAAGUCACACUCGAUCUUUUGUGUACUUGAACUGAUCAGUUAUGUUUCAUUCAAACUCACGGAUCGAACGUGACGACGACGAAGGAAGGACGAUGUCAAAGCUGGUCUAUGUUAGAGAGUGUCCAUUGUAUAGUGUUUUUUGAAACGUGAGCAUUAAAUGCUACAUCUUGUGUA